UCACUUUCAAUAGAACGCCAACAGGGUUUGCUUCUAAAACCGUAUCUCUCGUAGAAAAAAAAAUCCACUUUUGAAACGUCGUCAACUCGCCGGCGGCGACUUUGUCGGAUACUAAACGAGAAUCUCUAGAAUAGUAGAGUGUUUCUACAGUUUCCCUUUCCAUUUUGUUGAAUACCCUUUUCGUUUUAGUCUGGAAAAUGACUUGUGAUUCAGAGAUCAAGCUGUUUGGCAAGAUACUUCCGGUGGUCGUCUCCGGCGCCGGUAGGGGUUUGUAUGGUAGUGAUGGUGUUAGAUAUGAGGUAAAUAGAAAUUGGUCUGAUCUUGAUCGAUGUUUAGAGGGAAAUAAAGCAAGCAGUGUAGAGAAAGAUGAAGGAAGUGAGUAUGAAAAGCAAGAAGCUGAAAAGGAUGAUAUAACUGGAGAGCUCAGUGAAGCUAAAUCUGAGGAGGGAGAUCAAAAUCAGAUGAUGGAAGAAUCAGAAAAUACUAAGACUCCAUCAGAAUCAGAGAGCAGUCCUAAAUCUUCAACUGAGGAAGACCCUCAAGCAGUAAAAUCAUCCGAGACUGAGAAUGAACCAACUAAUGUGACAAAUUCUGAGCAGAACAAUCUGAAGAAGCCAGACAAAAUCCUCCCAUGCCCUCGUUGCAAUAGUUCGGAUACAAAAUUCUGUUACUAUAAUAACAACAAUGUCAACCAGCCUCGUCAUUUCUGCAGGAGCUGCCAGAGGUAUUGGACUGCCGGUGGAACCAUGAGGAAUCUCCCUGUGGGAGCUGGUCGUCGCAAGAACAAGAAUCUUGCAUCUCAAUACCGUCAUAUAAGUAUCCCUGAAGGAUUACUAGCAGCAGGAAUUGAAUCUCCAAAUGGAUUAAUUCACCAUCCAAUAUUCAAACCAAAUGGCACUAUUCUAUCCUUUGGUCCCGACAUACCCCUGUGUGAACCUAUGGCUUCUGCAUUAAAUCAAGCAGAGAAAAGGGUAUCGAAUGGUAUCCAAAAUGGUUCUCACAAAUCAGAAGUCAAGAAUUCUUCUUGCAAAGGUGGAGAUACUGGGGAUGAGUGCUAUAGGGGGUCUAACAUCCCAACUCCAAAUAUGAUGGUGGAAGAAGGUAAAGGAGAGGCCCACAAGGCUGUUAUGCAUGGUAUAAAUGGCAUCCCAUCUCCUGUUCCUUGCCUCCAUGGAGUACCUUGGCCUUUUCCAUGGAAUGCUGCAGUUCCUAUGUCGGCUAUUUGCCCCAUUCCCUUCCCUAUGCCGUUCUUCCCUACUCCUUAUUGGAAUUGCAGUGUGCCUCCUUGGAGUAAUCCUUGGCUGAGUCCACCUCUGCGAGCAGCAAACGAGAAAACAUCAGGUUCUGAUCCUACUUCGCCUUUAGGGAAGCAUUCUAGAGAAGGGGAUUUGCUUAAGCCAAGCAAUCCUGGGGGCAAAGAACAAUCAGACCAAAAGUAUUCAGAGGGGUCUAUUUUGGUCCCAAAAACAUUGCGGAUUGAUGAUCCUGAUGAAGCUGCUAAGAGUUCUAUAUGGUCAACACUUGGGAUUAAAUAUGAUUCUGCUAACAGGGGAGAGUUUUUCAAGGCCUUACAACCAAAAAGCAAUGACAAGCACAACAAAGCCAAUACAUCUCCAGUAUUGCAUACUAACCCUGCAGCUUUAUCUAGAUCUAUCACCUUCCAACAAAGUGCCUAAAGAUGAUCCUAUGAAUCUCCGUAGGAUGGUCUUCACUUGAAAUUAAGUGUGACUCUGUUAUCUGAUGAGGGCUUUUUGGGGCCUAGCAACCAAAAAGUAACAAAGCUAAGAUAAUGCUUUUUUCUCCCAUUGAGCUCCAGCGGGAAGUACGUGAUCAACUUCAUGGAUUUCCUGCCUGAUGGACACUUACCGCGCACUAGAUCACUUACAGAACUGUGAGGCUAAUAUCUCUCAAGUGAUCCAAUGAAACUGGGGAAAGCUAUUGUAGAAACUUAUGUUUAUAGUUUUCUUGGUAGCAAUAAGAGCUAGUGACUGGCUUGGUUUCUACUUUUUGUGUGUUUUCUAAAUGUACAUAGCUUUUUACAGCUAACACUAGAAGGAGGAAGACAGUUGUUUAGAUCCUCAUCCAACAGUUGUAACAUAUUUUAAAUUAAUGUCAAA